UAAUAAUCGGAAUUCAAGGAAACUGCAUCUGUUUUAUUUGUCUUCCGAACGAUUUUACUGAUAAUAUUUUUGUCUGAUCGGUUCAUGGGUCACCAGAUACUCAUUCUAUAAUCUAUUUUUCUGUUGAUAAAUAUGCUCGCUCUAACUGUGUCAGAAAGUAUUUGUUAUAUCGUUUAAGGGUUACUCUGAAAGUUUUGAGAAUUGCAAUCAAAGUAAUAGACUACUUGCGACCAGCUAAAGAUACUCCACAAUGUUGCCAAGAUUGAAUAGAAAUUCAACGAGAUUUUGUCUACCGUCUACCGUCUGUAACUUGUCUGAUAAGCUAUCGCUUCUUCGAAGCGCAGGAAGCGCGCGAAUUAACAAUGGAAUCUGACCUAUUUCAUCAUUAAUAUCGCGCGAAUCUUCUUCAAGUGCCUGAAACGAGUCUCGUAAAGAGCCGACCGGCGAAGGUGUAGCUCCUGUUACUUCAUUUCCUCUGCUCUGAAUUACCACGAAUUAGAAUAUUUCCUCAUUGACCGUGAGACGUCGGUGCAAGAAUAGUUUGUUAAGUACAAAGGGCUUGUUAUGUGGCGGAUCGUAGGAUUUAUAAUAUGCGAGACAGCGUAGCGGUCUUUACACUAUCAUGGAUCCUUUUUGCGAUACAACCAGGACUAUGCGGCAAACUGGAGCGUAUUGCUCAACAACCGAACAACGUCCUCGACGAUUACCAUGCCUACCGUCAUAUUUCGAUCGUCCACUUCAAUAUACCGGACUCCACUGUCAGGGUUGCGUUCAAGUUCACUGUAAAAGAAGAGAAAACUGGAGGAAUAGGUAAAUGCGCGGCAAAGAACGUCUCUCUGUUUCUAAAAUCCGGUAGCCUGCCGUUUGUCCGGCCGGAUGGAUCGAAGAUAGCGGCGAGGCUGAUGAAAGGAAGACGCGGGUAUUAUUCCUUGGAUAUGGAAAGCAACGGUGAUGAAUAUAGGAUUGAAAUUGAAGCGCCUUCGCCGGGUGAUUGGUACGCCAUUGCUUUUCGAUCCUGGAGCGAUCCUGACAAUGGAAAAAUCACUCAGCAAGGUCUCGGUGCGUCCUGCGACACGGUGCUAGAUGCUGAACUACUCGUGGAGUCUGCCUUAGUAGUAUUACCGAUGGAUCCGAAAGGAGAGCACAAGGUGCACAUGAACAAAAGCAUAGAUUCCGCGGUGAUGCAGCUGUUCAUGCCCGACGAAUUCGUAGAUUCCAGUCUCCUCUUGAAAUCCAGCUGCGGAGAAGAAUGUAAAAUAGUGGUACACGUGACUGCCGAUGAUCAUCUCGCGGGAACUAUCCUGAAUUCAACGAAUGCCAGCGUGUUCUUUAAGCCUUACUCGGACGCCCUUCACUACGUUACCCUUCGUUUGCUCUCUGGAGAAUCGUCAGACGUGGUCCUACAAUUGAUCGAUGAUACACCUCUUGAUUCGAGUCAAGUGAUCACGGUGGACUUGAUGAGGAGAUCCUUGCCAGAUUUCUUCCUUUUCGACUACGAGCAUUUGAAAGAGAAUAGCACGAAACCCUCGGCGUUCAACCUCACCGCGGAUACCUUGUCCGUCCUCAGUUUUGAGAUUGGCCGAGUGUACGACGUCGGUGGAACGUUGACCGUAGGGUUCAAGCUGGUCGAAGAGAAGGAGAAGAAAAACGUUGUUGUAGCCGUGUGUAUUUCAUUAGGUUACUACUCGAACAUCACUGCCGGUGGAGGGUGCUCUCGUAUGGGGAACACAACUGCGGCUGACAUUUAUGUGAACAGUACAGGGCCAUCCACCCUUAACGCACCGUUUCCAGAGCCAGGCGUAUGGCAUAUUACCUUGAAGGCAUUUUGCUUAGAAGAGAAUUGUCUCUGCAUCAAAAGUUGUAUAAACGAGACCGCGUGCGAGGAUUGCGACUGCAUGGGUCCUUGCGACGCCAGGGUGGAGAGCCGCAUUUCCUCCUCGCCGUGCAUCGAGGGUCGCUGCAAUUCGAGAGGAAAGUGCAUGCACUACAUGAGCGGAGGCUUCGUGUUCGCCGCGUGUCAUUGUACAGGCGCUUAUCGAGGAUUCGACUGCGCGGACGACGCUUACGUCCUCAGCAAUAGCGACAUCAUUGUCCGUGUCCUGUUGCUGACGUUCAGCAACCUGGCGUUUAUCGGCUCGAUAUACGUUGCCGUGCGCAGGGAAUAUUUUACAGAGGCUAUUGUUUACGCGGCUGUGAUGUUCUUCUCCACGUUCUAUCACGCCUGCGAGGCCGGGGAGGAUGUUUACAGCAUGUGCAUAAUGAGAUUAAGCGUGUUGCAGUUCUGUGACUUCUUCAACGCCCUCCUGUCCAUCUGGGUGACCCUGGUGGCGAUGGCUUCCUUUGGACCAAAGCUUACCGCAUUUUGUCAAAUAACCGGCGCCGUUGUUCUCGCCAUGAGCGCUGAAAUGGACCGCACAGCCCUCUGGGUGUUCCUUUUGCCAGCUGUAAGCGGCUUCGCUUUGAUCGGAUUCUCUUGGGGAUUGAGGUGCAGGAGGAGAGGCACCGUUCGUUAUCCAUUACGUCCUUAUAGAAGCAUUUAUUUUCCGGCUGGUCUCCUUCUAGUCUCCCUUGGUCUGGUCUGCUACGCGUUCCUGCAAACGCGAAAGAAUUACUACAUUGUUCACAGUCUGUGGCACGUGUGCGUCGCCAUAGGAGUCGUGUUACUUUUACCUAAGCGACAGUACAUGAAAUGAUUGUUAUGUAAAAAAUGUUAACGUACCUCUAUAGUGAAAGUUGUUGAAUUUUAGAGAAAGAAAUUCGAAUGCUUCGUCGUCAAUUUCAUAGGGACGAGUACGAGAAUGUUGACAUUAACAAAGGUGCUCGUAGGUGAUUGUACAUUUAAUGUAUAUUGUAAUUAAUCAGAGGAUCUUAUUCUUAUAAAAGAAACGAAUGACGUUUAUAAAUAGGGGGAAUUUUAGCAAUUAAAUGCGUCGAAAGAGGCAAUACGAACGUAACGACAGUAUUAAUUACUUCGAAAUCGCGUAAUUAGCUAGCACGAAAAUUGUUUACCUCGAGAUAACAGAUGACUUAUUCGACUUAUCAAUAUUCACGAUGCAAUACGAAUAAUUGAAAUGCUAGCUAAGGACCAAACGAUGUUCCAAAUACGUACAUGUGUUAGAAUGAUAAUGAAAAAAAUUAUCGAAUAUUUUUCUGUGAAAGGAAAAAUCGCAUUUUACUAAUGUGUAUGUAUCAUAAUGCUUUACAAUUUAUCUAAGAACCCAAGAGUUCACUAUUUUUGGGAACUUAAGUUCCUAUUUCAACGUCGAUCGUUCAAGCGACGAUAUCAAUUUUAGACAAUUCGUUUCACUUUUAUCUUAGGAAUGAAGACCUCGCACGCAUAUUGCUUGUAACCCUUUCACUGCAUACAAUUAUAAUUAUUCACUUGCUACCUUAUGCAAUUAACACAAUAUUGAUACUGCUUAGAAUGUUUUUUUUUUCUUACAGUUAUUCACUGAUGUGCAGUGAAAGGGUUAAGGAAAAGAAAUGGAAACUAUAUAUUUGUAAAAGAUUAGUGUACAGAUCGGGAGUCGUAGACCGCGUCUACCUUGUUCUAACGUCAACAAACAACGAGAUAGCAGAGAUCGUUAUGCUCAUUUAUCUUACACGAAGAUCCUGCAAGAAACAAGUGUUCGCAACGAAUGAAAGUUGUCUCGUUACACGGUAAAGUGCGUUGAGUAACGAUACAUCGUCGCUUCACGCGAUGACAAUUUCACUUUUCUUGCUUCGCGCGUGUGUAAGAUGUGAAACAGAAAUAAUAAUUAUACAAGAACAAUCAUUGUA